UGAAGACAGCGUGGCUGUCGAAACGUUAUUACAUCUGAGCUGCUAAGAGUGUGCGGCUUUUCUUUUUAAUGUGUAAUCAUGUUAACAGUAGAUCUAGCUUAUCAGCUCUCCAUUACUGUUAAUUAAGUAAAUCAGUGGUGGUUCGCCUUUUUUUUAUAGGCACGGGGGGGGAAACGUAUUCUUUGUUGAUUAGAUAAGGAUUCUUUUAUGGCAUUACAUGAGGGAGUUGUAACGUCUUUAGAGGGCACGGUUCCCGAAUCAAUGUCUAUGACAAAGGGACAUAGAACCAGGCUGGUUGUCGACAGGUAGCAAUGAAGCUCUACUACGUCCUGCGAGGAGUGGGAAUCACAGUUGGAGCCAUUAUUCCACUCAUCAUGUAUAUUGUCUAUAUGAAACAGGCAGUGAGUUCCACUUCCAAUACAAAAAGGCUUCACCAAAGAGAGCCUGCCAAGGAUCAGAAUACUAUGCUGAUGACGAGACUGGAGAAGAUUGAAAAGAACCUCAACAAACUAUCCAAAUUAAUAGAAUCAAAAAAUCAGGACGACCCCCCAACAAGGGAAGGAGUUGCGGUAACAGAGGCAAAGAAGAUGGUGGUGCCCAAAUUGUAUCCCAACUCCUACCUGUUUACAAAGUGGGGUGAUGACCUCUCAGAGGAGGAGCAGAGAGAGGCCGAGGCGCUGUUCCAGAGAUAUGGAUACAACGUCUUCUUGAGUGACCAACUGCCACUCAACAGAGAGCUGCCAGAUACACGAGACAACAGAUGUUUGCAGAAGAAAUACCCCAAGGACCUGCCCAGUAUUGCUGUGGUGUUGAUCUACCUGGACGAGGCCCUGUCUAUCAUUAAGAGGGCAAUCCGCAGCAUCAUCAACCGAACCCCUGAACACCUGCUGAGAGAAAUCAUUCUGGUGGACGACCACAGCUCCAAUGAGGACCUGGGAGAAAAGCUAGCUGCCUACAUAGAGUUCAUCCACAAGGACCGGCCGGGCCUUAUAAAGAGGGUGAGACACAAGUAUCAGAUGGGUCUGACUCAAGCUCGCAUCUCAGGGUGGGCGCACGCCACCGCCGAUACAGUGGCCGUUCUGGAUGCCCACAUUGAAGUCAAUGUCGGAUGGGCAGAGCCACUGCUGGCCAGGAUCAAAGCAGACAGGACCACUGUGGUGACUCCGGUGUUUGACAAGGUCGGUUUUGAUGACCUGCAGGUGGAGCAUUACUGGGCCAGUGCACACGGCUUUGACUGGCCCCUGUGGUGCAUGUACGAGUCCUUCAGACCCGAGUGGAACGAGCUCCAUGAUGAAUCACAGCCAGGGAAGAGUCCUUCUGUCAUGGGUAUUUUUGUGGCACAUCGACUUUUCCUUGGAGAGAUUGGGGUACUUGAUGGUGGAAUGAAAAUCUAUGGAGGAGAGAAUGUUGAGCUGGGGAUCAGGGUGUGGCUAUGUGGAGGAAGCGUUGAAGUAGUGCCUUGUUCUAAGAUCGCUCACAUUGAGAGGGCACACAAACCUUAUGCACCUGACCUGAGUAACAUAAUGAGAAGGAAUGCACUGAGGGUUGCUGAGAUCUGGAUGGAUGAUUACAAAAGUAAUGUGAACAUUGCUUGGAAUCUUCCAUUGAAGGAUCAUGGGAUUGAUAUCGGCGACGUGUCAGAGAGGAAGAAGCUCAGAGAAAAGCUUAAAUGUAAGCCCUUCAAGUGGUACCUGGAUAACGUGUAUCCUACACUGGCCACCUGGGAGGAGCUAGUGGCCUAUGGAGGACUGCAGAAUGACCUCCUGCAGAGCCAUUGUAUUGAUGAGGGGACUGUUCCUGGGAAUAUACCCCUUCUUUAUGGAUGUCAUUUCUAUCAACCACAGCAAUGUUAUUACAACACUGAUGGGGAGAUCUACGUGGGUGGGAUUAAAUCUCACAAGUACAACAACAACCGGUGUCUAGUGGAUCCUGGCACUGGAAAUAUACCAACGCUGCAUGAUUGUAAACUGGCAACGGAGAGGGUACUACACAAGCACUGGGUCUUUCAACAGGGUCAAGCCAUCAAGAACACACACACAAAUAGGUGUCUUGAGAUUGCCCAGGGACAAGACUCAUACUAUAUGCUGGUCAUCCAACAGUGCACUGGGCAAAACUGGAGAAUACAACAUGUCAUAAGAGAGUUCUAAAACACCCCCAUGGACAAGUUGUUGGGGUCACAUUCCUGAAAUUCUAGAUUUGACAUUGAGAUUUGUGUUAUCUAUCAUUACUGUUUCAAAUGAUAUCUUGCCAAAAGAAAAUACAAAAUUGAUUUUAUUUGAGGUAUUGACAACAAACAUCCAAUGUAGACUAUUUCACUAUUCUUUCUCUUGAAAACAUGACACAGUCAGAAUUAAAGAUUGCAUUGUAAAGUAA